UUCCCCGCACAUCUUUCCCCUCUUUCCUCCUUUAUUUGGAGGAACGUCCACAUAUCAAAGAGCCUCCUUUCACUCUCUGUGAGGCCCAGGAACAAUAUUUCUUGUUCCUUCGGGACAAUCCCGCCCACUGUCACCUCGGAUCUCUAUAUAAGCAUGAGCCUGCAGAACGGACCUGUUGAUAAGAACCUGCAGUGAAGACAAGCCCGACCAUGCGGUGUAAAGUCCUCGUCUUCGCUGUGCUCCUGGCUCUCAUAAAGCCUGUGUCUGCUGAUGAAAUCGAGGCGGACCCGAACACAAAUGCGACGCUCCCCUGCAGCUUCUCCCCACCAGGAGACAAAAUGGACGUCUCUCUGAUCAGAGUCGACUGGACGAGAGAAAACUCGACUGUCGCCUCCUUCGAUGGAGCAGAAGAAGAAAUAAAGGAGGGAUUCAGCUGGGAUCCCUCCGAUUUUACCAACGGGGAUUUUUCCAUCUCCAUCCUCAGCGCCAGCUUCAGUCUGCAGGGGGUUUAUAAAUGCACAGUCAGCUACAACUCUACAGACCUGCUCUCUAGAAAUGUCACGUUCAGUAUUCUAGCGCCCCCUUCAGUCUCCGUGCCUCAGAAGUGGGUUCUGUUAGAAAAAGAGAGCCAGCUUGAGUGCCAUGCCAGAGGCUUCUACCCGCCGCCGGUGUUUUUCUCCUGGACCAGAGAAGAAGAAGUGAUCCAGCCGGCCCUGCAGGUGGAAGGCGAGCCGAGUCCGGAUGGAUUCUACACGGCGGUGAACAACCUGACCUUUUACCCGUCCAAAGAGGACCAGAACGUGACCUUUAGCUGCCAGGUGUCACACAGAGGCAGCACCAAGGAGCUGGACUUCCGGCUCAGUGUCACGCGUCUCCCUUAUGUCAGAUUGUCCGUAGUUCAGACUCGCUCCACCAACGCUCCUCUUACUCUUUACUGCGAUGUGGAGCAUUUCUACCCAGAGGACGUGUCCGUGUCCUGGUUCCAGAACGGCACGGCACUCCCAGAACCCCCGGCCACGGAUCAGAACCUGGAUCGGACCUACAGCACCAGGCGGUAUUUCACGUUGAGCCCGGAGCAGAGGCGGAGGCGCGGCACGGUGGAGUGUGCAGUGAACCAGCCGGGGGCGGUGGAUCCAACCAGAACAUCAGAAGAUCUAGACAAGCUGGACCCUCAAGAUGAAGCUCCUGUGUUGACGAAGUCAGCCAAAGCGUCCGUGGCCAUGAUGUGUAUCUCUAUUGUGUUGGUCUUCCUGCUUUGCUUCGGCUUUUCCUGGAGGAGGAGAGACGAGAAACAGAAGUCGCUCACUGUGUCAGGAAUCAUCCUGCCGCCGCGCGUCAUCGCCGGCCGAAAGGGGCGGGUGAGCGUGAGCAUCGAGGGCCGGCGCGUGGACCGGGUCCAGACCAGGUGGUUCCUCAACGACACCGCCAUCAAUGACACCUCGCUCACAGAAACUUCCAGGUCUAACUUUAACUGCCUUUACACUCCGCUAACCACCAUCCAUCUGCCCUUCGGUCUAACUCUCACCUCCCCAGCUUCAGAGAAAGGUCCUCUGCUGUCCUCCAGAGGCGAGAUGGGGUACUACAAGCUGCACACGCAGGGGCCGGUCCUCUCCUCCGGAAAGGGGACCCAGCAGCUGGUUUCCGCUCUCACCUUCGUCCCGCGGAUUUCUCUGCACAAGGGCGCUGUGUUUAAAUGUCAGGUGUCCUAUGUGGGCAAGGACAAGAUUGUGGAGGAAAGAGUGUCGGGGAGGUUUACUAUUCUCUCUGCUCCAGAGGUGUCUGAAAUACAGCUGGCAGAGACAGAAAAUAAUCCAGAUGUCAUCAACAUGACAGUGCAGGCGACACAUUUCCAUCCGGAUGUCAUCACCUUCCGCUGGUUCUGUCAGGGCGGGGAGCUCAGCCCCGUGGCUUCCAAGGCCUCUUCGUCGCCUCGGCCCAAUUCAGAGGGCUUCUUCUCCGCCUUCAGUCAGUGCAAACUUCCCCGCUGUGAGGUGGAGAAGGGCGCCACCAAGGUGUGGGUGAGCGUGCACCACGUCGCCCUGAAGCAACCAAUCACCCGCGAGACUAGAGGCUUCAUCAAAAGGCCGUGUGUGUCUGAUGUUGUCAGCUUCACUCAUGCCUCGGAUCAGAGCUUCACUCUGGGAUGUGAAAUCACAGAUUUCUACCCUCCAAACAUUUCCGUCACGUGGCUGAAGCUCCGAGGUGGAGAGGAGGAUGACAGAGAAGAGGAGGUGAUAGAGGGAGGAGAGCUGUGGGGCCCCAUACAAACUGAACCCAGACUCUUCAGGGCCACAGCAACUCUGAAGAGGAAACCAAUCCUGCAGGAGAAAAGGGUCAGAGGAGGCGGCAUUACCUGCAGAGUCCAGCAUUGUUCCCUAAAGGAGCCGAUAGAGAGACACUGGAGAAACGGAGACAAUGCUUCCCCGACCAUUCCGCCGUCGAUUUCCGUUUGUUGGAGCAGCGAAGGCGUCGGCGUGUUCUCCAUCCUGCUGAAGGGAGGUCACCCCAAGGCCAAGCUACUCUGGUCAGCGGGGGGACCGACUUUCUCUCCGUUAGUGUCCAGUGAGACAGAGGAGAUCGGAGAUGACGGACAGAGAGAACUGAAAAGUGUCUGCGCCCUGGAGAAGUCCGCAAACCUGCCGAGAACACCGGACAAACCGGAGAGACGCAAGAAUGGCCACGCAAUAAAAACAAAAGCGGCUGUCACAGACCCCGACACUGAAGGCAUAGAAUACAUAGAUGAGAAGGUGGACAGAGAGAAGGACAGGGAUAAGGAGACGAUAUCCGAGUCGGAGGAGGACGAAGAGGACAGCGAUAAGGAAGCCGCCGACGCGCUUCACAUCAACAAAGUCAACCUGAGGACGGGUCUGAGAGACGGCGAGAGGGAACGUCUGAGAGUGUGUGUGGAGAUCACACACCCGGCACUCAAGAUUCCUGUUUACCGGACGUGGACAGAGCCCAAUGAGGAAAUUUCAUCCUCUGCAUGAAGAAGAUUCACAUCUCUGCUUCCUUAUUUCACAUCCCUUGUAAUGUAUCUGAUGUGAUGUAUUUAUCUCUGAAGCUUAACAAAAAUUACAGCAUUCAGCUGCAUCUCACAUGUUUCCGCUGUUAGAUGAGGGUCUAUUUAUAUCUCUAGUCUUUUGUCUUUUACUUUCUUCUAAACUUUGUAUGUUUUUCCCACAAAAGUUCCUAUUUUUGUAUGAAUAAGCUGACAAUAAAAUAAAAACUAAAUCAUGUUGAC